GGCCGCGGCAACGUCAUUCCGCCGCGAACCUCCGGCCGCGUCGCACGCCGCCAUGAUAGACCACCCGCGCGCCUACGAGCAAAACAUGUGCGAUAUGUAUCUCUCCUCGACCUCCCCCGAACCCGUCCGCCUCGCCGACUUCGAAGUGUUCAAAAAGGGAACCUUCAUCUACGGAAACUACUACUCAAAUCCCACCUACGAUGCGUAUACAGAGCCAGAGAUCGAGAACACCACAAACGUAUACCACAACUUGGUCACCCACCGGGAGUGGAACAGAGAUGACUGGAGAUACAAAGUCGUCGUCGAAUGGAACCAUCACGACACCAUCUCCUGGCUGAUCGAGACCGUGCAGUUUGCUGGAAUAAGUGAAUAUGACGUUCCAUUUGACAACUUCAGGAUUCCCGGCAUCGUGCUCAGAGGAUUAAAAAGAGAAGACAUUAUACAGAAGAUGUUGACACCCAGUGUUGAAACGUUGAAAAGCCGGCAAAUAGCUGAUGAAGUUUUCAACAAACUCCAGAUUCGUCUCAAUGAGGAAAUGAUGAGGGAGUCGUCUCUCUUUAGAUAUGCUGAAGGCGAUCCCUAUCAGCAUUCCGAAGCAGUUCAAGUGCUUGACCUAGAUUCUUUGGACCACAAGCAUAGAUUCCCUUCUGACUACAGACCUAAUGAUGGUAAUUUAUUAAUAGCCGCUUGCGAUUCCAGCGACGACGCUGAAGAUGCAUUCCCUGGUUCCGACACGGCGUCUCCUGGUUAUGGAAGUGACAGAUCUUUGGAUGAUGAUGACAAGCGCAAACAGUUCAAAAGACCGCCGGGCAGGCCAAAAGGCAGUGGGAGGAAGGUCUGCAAGCGUCCGCGCAGCGUUUCCGUUCCAGAAUUUCUGCGGAAUCUGCUACUGGACCCGGACUACUGCCCGUCUAUCAUCAAAUGGGAAGACCACUCAUUGGGAAAAUUUAGGUUCGUGAAGCCUGACGAAGUCGCGAAACUCUGGGGAAAACUGAAGCAGAACGACAACAUGACCUUCGAGAAGUUCAGCCGAGCCAUGAGGUACCACUACAGACAGUCAGUCCUCGUCUCCGUGCCCUCGGCCAGACUCGUUUACCAGUUCGGCCACAAGGGGCCCGACAUCACCACCACCAAUCCUAACUUCUCCAAAGUUAAAUCGGAGAACAUCGAACAACUGACGUAUUCCUAGUUAAAUUUUAAGGCUUAGGUUAGAAUUGUUAAAUCGAUGCUCAGUGUACGGUUAAGUCAAGUAUUAUAGGCAAUUUCGAACGUUGAGGCGACGUUGGUAGGAUCGCUCGUUGUGAGUUUUGGAAGUUCCUUUUCGCGGUUUCUACCAGUGUUUGGGUGUGUGGUGUCACCAGAAGACAUGCCACUAGUUUGACCUGACUCUUCAGCUACAGCACACUUUUCGCGAGGUUAUUUGUAGAUGUCAUUGUUGUCUUUUUGUUUUUUUUUUUGUGGCAUUUGUACUUUCCUGGAGAUUUUUGAAAGUCAUCAAACUAGUGUAUGUACAGUCCGUCGUUAAUCGACGUGGUCGUUACGAUAUCGUUUAAUAUAUUAAUAUUUAUGGGAUAACAGAAUGUACACCAAUUUACCGGUGGGCAACGUCGACCCAUGUACCAUUUAGAUGGUUAUAAUAAAUAGAUAGGUGUUUUCUGAAAUGUUAUGGAUGUGAUUAGUUCUGACAGGCUCAAAUUGAUGUAUCUAAGGUUGUAUUGCAUUGUUAUUGCAUGUGGUAUGUUACCCCACAUGUGACCCACAACGGGGCACGGCUCUCCCCACACGACUCCGUUGUUGGGUCACAUGUUGUACUCCGUCAAUUAACGGUUGUAAACCCUUGUUAAAGUGUCCAUAUUACUUUAUAAGUGACUUUUAAUGUAUUUUUUAGAAUUUUUGUCUCGACGAGUUUUCUUGGAUUGCCCCGGUCCGAUGCUUCGAAUUUUUGAUAGAGUUUUAAUAUUUUCAUUGUUACCAUUAUUAUAUUAAAAAACUUAGUCUAAUAACUCCAAACAUUCCAUUUUAAUUUAUAAAUCAAUAAGUUAUUAUAAUUAGAUUUAACGAAGUUGCCAUAUGUAUUCAGCGUUUGUUAAAUGUACUUAAAAAUCGAAUUUCCUCAUCAGUCAUUGUCAUUGUACUCAUCUUCAUUAAUUUUAUAUACUUCUAUGUAUUAGAUUUAAGUGUUGUGGGAAACGACAAGUAUUGUUAUCUCCAAUCUCAGUGUUGAUUAAAAUAAUUAUAAAAUAAAAAGGCGCAUUGGUGCAAUGUUUAAAAUUUUUGACAUAAAGAUCUGUAGGCCAAAGAUUAAGUUCGACAAAUUCGUUUUUAAGAUUUUACGGAUAAAGACAUAAUAAUUUUUGACAAUUUUAACGUAGGAUUAAGUUGACGUCUCUCAGGCAUUUGCUGUGAUGUAAAAUAAAAGUUGGUCGAUUUCUGUAUAUAGUUUCUUAUUCUGUUAGGUGAUGUAAGAUUAUGUUUUAUUCUUUUGUUAUACAUCUUUAGUUUUCCAUAAUUUUGAUGCAUUUUAUAGAUAAUCUGAAAUUAACCACUGUUUUUAAUUUUUUGGACCAACUCGAGGUCACAUUAUAUUAUUUGACAAAAGGAAUAAUUCCAUUGAAUGAUAUUUCGUCUUUUCUAAAUAUUAUUCCAGUUUGCAGUAUUUUUAUAUUUGUUAAUAUUAAAAUUGAAGGUACAUAUUUUUACGCCAAAUGACUUGCAGACGGUUAUAACGAUGAUGUUUCUGAAAAUAAGAUAUUUUUUAAAGACGUACAUUUAAUAAAGGAAAAAUGCAAUGGUAUCAAUAGUACAACUAUAUGAACGAAAUGGAAUUUUGUAAUGUUUAAUAAUCAACAAUUUAUAUAUUAUGCAAUAACAUAAUACGUAGAUUGUGCCGUGAAGAUACGACCUUUGACGUCCUUGGAGAAAAGGCUGCGGUGAAGUUUGUUGCGCCGCUUCUUCUUCACCUGCGCUUUGGAAGUCGGCAGUAGACUUAGUUUAAGUAAUUUUUUUUCGACGUCAAUAAGUUUUGUAUCUUCUUCUCCUUAUUUAAGAGCUACGCUCUUGUCGGUGGAUUAUACGCCACACCUCUCUAUUCUCGGCUUUGCUUUUAAGGUCUCGAUACGAAACAACGCCUGUCUUCUCUUUCAGUUGGCUUAGCAUAGCUUUUCCUCGGUCAAUGUAAUGGAGUCAUGUAUAUCGUCCUAAAUUGAAUAAAGAAUUCUGAAGAAGAUAUUUUUUUCAAGACAUUUUGUUCCGUUAAUAAAAUACACAAUAAUCUAAGCCGGCUGUCUCUGUACUGGUGAAUGGUUCUUAAAGUUUAAUACCGCGUUGAAAUUAAGAGAUAAGUAUUUAAUGGCACAAUCUAUAUAUAUAUUUUAUAUCUGAAAAGUUCAGUACAAAACUGUGUCUUAAUAUACAACGAUAAAAAAUAUAUACGUAAGUAUCUAAAAUACGUAAAACCAUUUUAAUCUGAAUAAAUGGAAAUUUCUAUAAUGUAAUUUUAUUAUUAUUAUUAUUAUUCUGAAUUUAUUCGAUAUUCCAAUUUGUGUGUAUUUAUAAGAUUAGAUAAAUUGUAUCAAUAAAUUAUUAGUCAAGUUUAAUGACAAUAUAUUAGGUAUUGAACGAUUGAAUUCAUUUUCACUUGUUUCAAAUCUUCUUAGCGUGUCGACUCGGCGAAUCACGUCACUGAAUACGCCUCCGAUACAACAUCAUAAUUUGUUUCUUAAUGAACUCACAAUCCAAAAGAAACAAUAUAUAUUAUUAAUUUUCUCCACAUAUGGAUCUAUUUAAAAAUAUUAAAUGAAUUAAAAAUUACAAAGGGGUACGAAUUAUAUAAGUAGUUAUAUACAUAUGUAUAUAUAUUUACAAAAAUCCGGAACCGUUAUUUGUGCUCAAUUUAGGUUACUACCGUGGAGUAAUUAAUAUAAUUAUUUGUAUAAUUUUCCGUAUAUAUGAGUAAUGGCUUAUUACAUACUUAUAAUAAUUUGUAUUUAUCCCUAAUCGAUCGUUCAAAUUUGUCCUUAUUUAACAUUAUUAGACAUUUUUGAAGUGAAAACUUCUUUAGCAGCGUCGUGGACUUUUUGUGAUGAGUAAAAAAUGUUAAACUCGCGUCAGGACACGUGACCCUGAUCGAAAAUUCGUAAGACGUCAAAAAUGCACAACGUUAAUAUUCAAGUUUUCACUUCAGCCGGCACUCCCGCAGUGCAACCCGUUUUUUUUUACCAUUUACUUAGUUACCGAAUGACGUCUGUUAUAUAUAAUUUGUAUAAUAUAUAGGUACUACCAAUUUAUGAAUAUUUGGUGGCCAUUUUAUGUACAGUUGAAUUUUUUUGAUUUAUUUUUCUAAUAGUCUUAAGAUAUUUGUUGUUACUGCAUGUGCAAUUUGAAGUUAUGAUUUCCGAAAUAAUUAUGUCAGUAAGAGAGAAAUAUACGAUUUAUGAAUGUGA